GUCAACUUGGCUGAAGAGUUCGACAUCCUACAGAUCGUUGGUGAAGGAUGGUUUGGCAAGAUCCUGUUGGCAGAGCAUCGCGCCACCGACUCCGAGAUGGUGCUGAAAGCACUACCGAAACCCUACACCGCAGUUCGGGACUUCUACCGGGAGUUCCAUUACAGUCUGCAUCUGGGAGCUCACCGAAACAUUAUCACCACUUACGACGUGGCAUUCGAGACGGCCGGUUUCUACGUCUUCUCGCAGGAGUACGCCCCUCUUGGUGACCUCACAUCCAACGUUUCGGAAACAGGAAUAGGCGAACUGCAUAGCAAGCGUGUCGCCAAGCAGCUCGCCUCAGCGCUAGAGCAUUUGCACGCUCGCGAGCUGGUACACCGGGAUGUCAAGCUGGACAACGUUCUCGUCCUCAAGUCCGACUUUUCUCGGGUCAAACUCUGUGACUUUGGUGAAACCAGAAGGGCUGGCACUUUGGUGAGGAGACGCAACGAAUGGCUGCCCUAUUCUCCUCCUGAAGUUCUUCUCACCAACACGGACGAGACUUAUAAGGCCGAAACGUCGCACGAUGUGUGGCAGUUCGGGAUCGUGAUAUUCGUGUGUCUGACGGGUUGCCUGCCUUGGCAGAAAGCAGGUAGCGACGACCCGCGAUACGUCCGAUACCUGCACUGGCACGGUAGUAAUGGCGUUCUGAUGCCCGUGAGGAGACCCAAACUCUUCAAGCUGCUGACCUCCAGGGCCCAGAGAAUGUUCCGCAAGUUCCUUGAACCGCGGCCGGAGAAGAGGCCAGGAGGGCUGGCAGAUCUGGCCAAGUUCCUUGAGGACAGGUGGCUUACAAGAACGUCCUUGGACAGACAAACAGAUAACAAUCCUGAGGACGAAGGGCUGUGCCCCUCCAUGUACAGUUUCCACAGCAGUGUCGAAGAGAAGAACCAACUGCUCUUCACCCUGACACAAUAUGGGAUCGAGACAACUGUAGACCGCAGCGCGAAGAAAGACAGGAUCCGUGACUGGAUCCAAGCCAGCGUGAUCACAGAAGGUCCAGAGGACGAGGAAAACGAGGAAGAAGACAAGGAAGAGGAGGAAGAGGAGGAGGAAAGACAGAAAGAACGGAAAGCUAUGGAAGGGAAAAGAGAAAAUAGGCAUAAGACUGAUAAAGAAACUCCAACGAGUACGAAUCGAUCAGCCAGUCACUGAACACUAUGAAGAAUGGAAAGAUAAUCGUAUUUGAACGUCGCCAUUUUCUUCGGAUGGCAAUAAUGUUGAUCCGGAUAUUUGAUAAGAAUGGAUUUUGGAGCUUAUUGCAAGAUAGUGACGACGAGUUGGUACACAGAUAUUACCGGUUCAGUUAUAUAUGUCUACACGUUUCAGAAGCGAAUAAUGUUCCUAAAGAUUACUAUUAAUGGCAUAUACUAAGCACUCCGAGUUUCACAGCAUUUUGGGUCUAUAUUAGUCGGAAUUAUCUCGAAAGCAGUUUCGGUAUCACCGAAGAAAGUACGUAACGUGGUUUUUAUUCCACGUGAUGUACAAGUGCAUAUUUUCUUUCGUAAUAAACAGACUUGUAUUCAAAAUAGCAAGAGAGGAUUUUUUUUUUGAAUCCCUCACCAUGUAAUGAAUCGUAUAUCCUCUCAGCGUCAGUUACAACGAGUUCGAUCGAACACCGAUGGAUGCGCCACCUUACGGCUUCCUCACUUCAUCAGUUGUAACGAGUUAGCGGAAACACCGAUAGAAGCGCCACUUGACGGCUUCUUCUCCUUGUCAGUUACGCAGAGUUCACAGGAACGCCUAUAGAAUCGCCAAUUUGACGGGUUGAAAAUGACCAUAGGCACUCGCAUUUGCGGGUGCGCCUUGAUACAUAUUGGUGUAUAUAGAGAGACGAAAAUGUGGGGGUUUUCUUCCAGCUCUGCCCGAAGCUGCAUACUGAAUAUGAAUCCAUUUCCACAAUAAAGUUAUCUGACAAUUUUUUUCUAUUCAAAUUUUGCGAGAACAGGGAAGCAUGUGAAAUACGUGUAUAAGUUUCUUACAGAAGCGAUUAUGCAUAUUACUGCCAUUUUGGGUGUGACAUCGUGUAGGCUAGUAGAAAUUUACAGACGUUUCGGAGUUAGCAACAUUUUUCCAAAACUUCCGUAAACAUAUACCAGACUAUACAGUGUCCCAUUCCCGAAGACGAUAAUUUUUAACACGAAAGCAAUUCCCAACAUUUUUCAAAAUAAGCAUCAAACAAUACCCGGUCACAUAUCUAAGGUUUCCGUGCCUUUUCUUAAUCUCCUCACGUAAGUUCCAGGUGAUGCCCUAAAGAAACACGACCGCCUCUUCCCGUAUCUCAUUCAGUUGAGCAAUAUGAUCAACAUAUUGCCGUUAUUCUGUUCUGAAAUAAUUAGAGUCAUGCUGGAUUGGAGGUUCCGCAGAAGUGAUUAAGAAGAGUGUUAUCUUCUGAGAUGUGAUACCGUGUAGGUUACUACAGUUUCGGAGGAUAGAACCGCUUCUAGCUUCAGGGUAUAAGACUGAACUAAGCAGGUAACCACCAAGAAGAAAGGACAACGUCCUCAUUUUGGGUUUGAGGCUAUCACGGCAGCACCUAUGAACAGUACCAUCUUCUUGAAUGUGAUGCCAUAUAACGUGGUAGAAUUUCGGAAGAACACACUGCCUCCAUCUUCAUUAUCAAAUAUUUAGGUAAGCAAAUAUGAGGCAAAGAUCUGCUUAUCACGUCCGUUUUAUCAGACUACACGGAGUAACAUCCCAGAUGAGAGUAUUCUUCAAAUUCUCUGCAGUGAGAGCCUAACAUCGAACACAGUUGCUCUCAAUGGACAGGUUACUAUAUAUUUCUGCUUGUUUCUAUGUAGUUUUCGCCAUGACUUAAUUUUCGACCUUCAAAAUGUAGGAAGUAUGUUCCUCCGAAACGUCGGCGAAUAUCUAGCGGACUAUUCGGCGUCACAUCCUUAACGAUGAUGAACUAAAAAGCAAAUAUGUGUAUGUGAUUAAUUAAUUAGGCAACAAGCAAUGAAUAUGUGUGAGCAGUGGAAGUCUAGCUUAGCAUAACCAGUUCAUAAGUCGAGGACCGAGAGUAAUUCAUUUUAUCUAGUUCCAUACUGAAAAAAGUCACAUUCUACUUACCUGACACACAAAUGGCUCAUGUGCAUGAGUGAUGGGUUAUCCUUAAUAUCUUGAGUGGUUCAAUAAAAGGUAAAACUAUCCCUGUAACAGGCCACGGAGGCCCAUAGGGUUGUGAG